UAGAAAACUGUGGUAGACAAUCGAGACAGACAGACCUGAACAAAUAAUGGAGGGUGGAUGCAGUGGGGAGUAGUCAGUGGUGCAGCCCUUACUCAUUGGUCGCCUUAGACACAGUAGCUCUCCCUCUCCCUCUCACAUAAAUGCGCUCCCACCGCCAACCGUAGCAGAUAGGCUAAUCACAGGCCACUGUGAGAAGGACACCACUUCCGCUGAUUUUGCCACAGUUUCCACGGGGAUGCGUUUUGACUCACAAAAAGAUCCAAGAUUCAACUUGUGUUUUCAUUUACGCUCUUCGCAAUUUUGCGCCUUUAGCGCAUAGGUUCCCAGACUGCUCCGCUUCAACUCUGAAGAUGACUGGGGUUUUUGAAAACUUAAAUACUGAUAUGCAUUCGAACCAGAUUACCUCGAACAAUUACCACAGCUUGCACAAAUCGCAGGAGUCCCCGACUCUGCCGGUGUCAACGGCGACGGAUAGCAGCUAUUACAACGGCCAGCAGCCUGGCCAUUGCGCCGGGUCUCCAUUUGGCCAGCUCGGCUCUUACCAGUACCACGGCAGCGCCACUAGUUCGGUGCCAUAUAACGCAAAGUCAUACGACCUUGGUUUCAACUCGUCUUAUGGCGCAUACAGUUCUUACGGGUCCAAUUCCUCUCCUACUCCAGCUGACACAGAGAAAGAAGAGAGCGAGCCAGAAAUCCGGAUGGUUAAUGGAAAACCAAAGAAGGUCAGGAAACCUCGAACAAUUUAUUCCAGCUUCCAGUUGGCUGCACUUCAACGGAGGUUUCAAAAGACGCAGUAUUUGGCUUUACCAGAACGGGCAGAGUUGGCGGCCUCACUGGGCCUUACGCAAACACAGGUCAAAAUCUGGUUCCAAAACCGCCGCUCCAAGUUCAAGAAGCUGUGGAAAAGUGGAGAAAUCCCCCCAGAGCAACACGUUGCUUCCAGCGAAUCUCCUCCGUGCACGUCUCCGCCAACGACUGCCUGGGAUUUUCCACAGACUCAAAGAAUGAAUGCUGUCAGCUCGAGUUUACCUCAGAGCAGCAGCCCUUCCAACACGACUGCGCCUUCGUCGUUUUUGGCUAACUAUUCCUGGUACUCCACCACGAACUCUACAACGCAUCUGCAGCCUCCACUGAUCCAGCACCAGCACAGCUCCGCCAUAAGCGCUGGGACGAUAUUCUGAAAUAAAGAAACAUUUGGGGUUAAAUCGGAAAAUACUGGUGAAAAUAGUAAAAUGCCAAUAGCUUCAUUUUACAGACCUCGUGUGCGCCUUUACACGCAAAAAAAAAAAAAAAAAAAAAAAAAGGAAAAUUAAUGGAGCAAGACAGGUUCAUGGACCUUGCCAGUUUUCGCACUGGUAAAUGAUAGACACAGAUUUCUACAGUUAUUUUUGUAUUUAUUUAUUUUGUUUAUGUGAGGGAUGAAUGAACCACUAUUACCCAAAGCAAUCACAGCCUGGGCGCAAGCCUGCUUUUACGCGGACGUCACUUUUUCUUUUCUCUCUUUUUCCCCCCAUUCCUGCAAAAAUUAAUUAUUGGCAGCAGGAAAACCUGUCACAUGUAGCACAAGUCAACUGUAUCGUGCCUUUUUUCCAAUGUAACCUCAUUUCGUUGUGCGGAAAAAAAACAAAGAAAAAAAAAACAACACCGUAUACCUUUAUUCAUUCCUCAUGUAGUUGAUUUAAGUAUAUUUGGGGGUAGCCUAAUUGUCUGGAUCCACGUUGUAAAUAUUUUUACCACAGCUUUUUGAUAGCCCAUGUCGCUUUGACUCUAUUAGGCUAUUGGUGCAAAUCCAUUAACCAUCGUGCUACUGAUUGUCCCACCCUCUGAUUUACUUGUAUUCCAUUUAAUUGUGUUUUUGUGUUAUUUAUUUUAGCAGUGUUCCAUAUAUGGCCAGACGUUAUUUAAAUAAAAUGUUUUCUGUGAA